AUGACAAACUCUAUGGAGGGUAAGCUAAUUCCUCCUUUUCAAUACCAAAAAGACCUCCAACGAGCUAAAUCAUGUCGAACCUCGGACCCGAUUCACGAGGAACCGGUUUAUCCUGAUACCUUAACGCCUUACAAUUCUUCUCUCAAAGAAGGUGAUCAUGUUGAUGUUAUAUCCUUGUUGUCGACGGAUUAUAGGGAUUUUCUAAUUCGAAAAAAUGGUGACAAAGUCAAAGUUGAUAGCUUAAGGAGGAAAUAUGUCAUGAUCUUUUGCUUUUUUCUUCCUAUAGAAUCUCAAAGCCCGGUAGACAAUCAUUGUUGGGCUAUAAAAGCUGCAUUCUCCGAGUGGUUCGACUCAGGAAGAGAUGAUAUUCAGAUGGUCUUGGUGGCUAAGAUGAAACGUGAGUGGGUUGACAAUGAAACUGUUUUUAUUAAUUUCUUCUCUUCGUUCCCUAAUUGCAUUGCAAUCCCUUUUUAUGACUCGAAGUCUCGUGAUUAUGUUUGUAAGUCUAUUGGAUUAACAGGGCUUAAUGUACAUUAUGACCCUAGUGUCAUUGUUGUAGACCCUAAUCAAAGGGUUUUGCAAGAAAGUUCUUAUUUUCUUGAGUUGUAUGGUGUUGAUUCGUUUCCCUUUACGAAUGAGAGGUUCGAAACCCUUUAUGAAGAAGCACAUAGACCUUUGUUGCCCCUUGAAGAAAUCUUGAGGUGCAAACCCUCUGACAUUUUAGUCAGCAACAAUGGUAAAAACAGGACAAUUUGUGUAUCAGACCUUAAGAAAAAAUUGGUGGGAUUGUAUUUGUAUCGAGAUGGGGAUUUCAUGGGGGAACUCCAUGAGGUGUUUGAGCUAUGUCGUUGUAAGCAAGGUUACGAGUUAGAAAUAGUAUUGAUAUACCAACCCGACGAGGAACCACAGAAGUUUAUAGAGUAUGUAAAUGCUGAUUUAGUACAGAGGGGGAUAACAUCUUGGUGGGUGUUACCCUUCAAGGAUAGUGUAAGCCAUUGGUUGAGCCGACUUAGCGAAACUCACUCCAUGGAUACUUUGAUUAUUUUAGACCCGACUAGUGGUAAAUAUGUGAAUCCUUAUGGUGAAACUGUCAUAAGAAAUUUUGGUAUUGAUGGAUAUCCUUUCACAAUCGCGAACAUGAUUGAAAAAGAGACUGCAAGGCUUAGGGAGUUAACCUUGGAGUCAUUGUUAGUGUUGUCUAAGGAGCAAAGCUAUGUUUGUACUAAUGAUGGUACGCGUGUGAGUGUGGCAGAGCUUCGCGGUAGGAAUGUCCUGCUUUACCUUGAAUGGACAGAUAAUUGUAUGGAUGAUCACAUGGAUAUAUCAUAUAAUUGGAUUAAAGGUUUGUACCAUGAAAUUAAGGAGAAGAAAGAUGCUAAUUUUGAAGUAGUGUUUGUUCACAUGGAUUUUUAUGCAAAUAUUUCUCCUCUUGAAUGUUUCACUGCAAUGCCAUGGCUCGAAUGUCCCCAUGACCCUGCUCGCGCAGAUGUCAUAUGGGAGCACAUAUGUUUGAAGGGUAGUAACAAGUUUAACGACCUCAUUGCGUUUGGAAAAGAUGGUCGGAUUCUCACAAUACAUGCUUAUCAACUUCUAAUGGAUCGCGGUAUUGAUGCUUAUCCCUUCCCUUAUAACCUACACCGAGAUGUUGAAAAUGAAUUCAGAUGGUUCUUGGAUAGUUAUAGCGCGCGUGUUCUUCCUUUGUGA